UUUGUUUCACACGAUAGAAGUGUUGGCGUGUAAUAGUCGUUGUUUGUAAUCCGGAACUAUUUAUAAUCGUGUCCGUGUUCUCAAUAUGACUGUACACACUGACGGACCAAAUAGAACAUGCGUCAGAAACGUCUUUCGUUGUAUGACAUUCUUCAGUAUAUAAGAUAUUUAUGAAAUCCACUUUGACUGUCAAGAUAAGACGGUAAUCAGGAAAUCGUUUUAAGUUAAACGUUUUGUUUAUCGUGCGUCUGAAAGAUUUCCAUCUUUCCAAGUGUGGUAUGAGGCAGAUUGAUGCAGAUUAUAAAUGUGUGCCGAUUCCGCAACGGUGUCAAAUCGCGUGUUAUAAAGCCCCUGGCCUGUUUUUUUACUUCUUCUCGUACCAUGGCCAAGAGCAAGUUUGAAUAUGUGCGUAACUUUGAAGUAGAUGACACCUGUCUGAGAAACUGCUACAUUGUCGUGAGGCUGGAUGGGCGCAACUUCCACAAGUUUUCAGAGCAGCACAAGUUCACCAAACCCAAUGACAACAGGGCCCUGGGCCUGAUGACCCGCAGCGCCCGCUCGGUCAUGGAGGAGCUUGAGGAUAUUAUCAUUGCAUAUGGACAAAGUGAUGAGUUUAGUUUUGUUUUCAAGAGGACCUCCAACUGGUUCAAGAGGAGAGCUAGCAAGCUGAUGACCCAUGUGGCCUCGCAGUUCUCGUCCUCUUACGUCUUUUACUGGAAAGAGUUUUUUGGAGAGCAGCCUCUCCUCUACCCACCAGGAUUUGAUGGACGUGUGGUACUGUAUCCUAGCAACCGCAACCUGAAAGACUAUCUGAGCUGGAGGCAAGCAGACUGUCACAUAAAUAAUUUGUACAACACAGUCUUUUGGACUCUCGUGCAGAAAGGUGAACUAACCACAGUUCAAGCAGAAGAGCGCUUAAAGGGAACGUUAGCUGCUGACAAAAAUGAAAUCCUGUUCUCAGAGUUUGACCUCAACUACAACAAUGAAGCGGCCAUCCAUAGGAAAGGCACAACUCUUAUCUGGGAAAAGCAUGAUGAAACUGUUACCAAACAAAUAAUAGGAGUGAAUGACGAGAGGAAGGACAUACGCGUGACCCGAAGCAAGAAGAUUGUGCAGACCUACCACUGUGACAUAAUAGGAGAAGAGUUUUGGCAGCAACACUCAAACAUUCUAGAAGACGAUGGCUGUUAGUGUUGUGAAAAAUAAACACACAUCACGGUGACACGUUUGGAUCAGUUUGUUUACUAAAAGUAAAAGCCAAGUCAGAAAUGUUCUUUACAAGAAUACGAUCCAUGCGACCCCGCAAGUCUGAACACGAUAUUCUGAUUAAUAUUGUGUUUCUGGAUUGUGAAUACAGCAGCAAAGUCCACGCAUGUUUAUCUAUUUCGGACUGGGGUGGCGGGGUCAUUGCGCCGCUUGCAGUCGACUGAAAAUGACACUGCACGUGCAGUAUUGUGCUUAACCUCAAGAUGGCGCCACACCGACGGGUUUUGACCCAAAUUAAAGGUUUUAACACUUAAACGUGGGUAGGGAACUCUGGUUUUUCGAGAGCCAUAUGCUGCUUGUUUUAGAUUUCUCUGUACUUCAACACGCCUGAUUCAAAUGAUCAGUUCAUCAGCAAACUCUGUAGAGGCCUGAAACGAUCAUGAACAAUUGAAUCAAAUGUGUAUGAGGAUGGAGGCUAUCUCAAACAGGCAGGAUAUGGCUCUCGAGGAACUGGACUUUCCAACACGUAUAUAAAAAUGUCAAAAUAAUGAUCAGGACCUGUAGACAGCAUUAGUAGACACCUGUUUAUACAGUUUCUCAGCAAAAAUAAAUAAAAUGGUGAGACCCCUUUUA